AAAGUUUCGUUUGUCCCUCAAUGUCGAGGGGUGGGUUGAGUAGUACUAUUAACCCUCUAUCUACCAUAAAAAAUUCAAAUCGAAAAUCCGGUCCUGGACCGAAAUAGUACAUUUCUACAUUACGCACAACCCUGCCUUUCUUGAUUUAAAUGGUGAUUCUAACCUAAUUCAAUAUUAUUUUGAUUGUGUCAUUUGCUUUUGUUUGAAAACGAAAUUUAGUUAUAUUCUGUUUUAAAUUAUUUGAAAAAUAUAUUCAGUUUUAUUUUUAAAAAGCAAUAAAAGUUGCGGUUCGCAAGGAGCUGGCUUCACACUUUCGACUACGUUCGCGGAUUCAUAUUUGAGGCAAGGAGCUGGCUCCAAGGAGCUAGCGUCACACACGACAAAAUUAGGAUCAUACUAAGUAGAUCUAGAUUUAUAAAGGUUUAUGAAAACCCCACAAACGAAGGUGAAUGAGGUAUGCGGAGUAGAUAAGGGGUAUCUCUGGUAUAAGCAAAAAUGAGAGCAAAAAUUUCCAUAAAAUACUCCGCUUUGGUGUUCCAGAUGGAUCAGAAGGUAUUGACAGAAAAGAUGUAUUUUUUUACCAAGCCGACGAUGAACAUUACAUUCCCAGAGCAGUAUUGUUGGAUUUGGAACCUAGAGUCAUUAAUACCAUUCUGAAUUCACCUUAUUCAAAGUUAUACAAUCAAGAGAACGUUUUUCUAAGUAAAAAUGGAGGCGGAGCUGGUAACAAUUGGGCUUCUGGCUACUCACAAGGAGAAAAAUUGAACGAAGAAAUAUUUGAUAUUAUUGACAGAGAAGCAGACGGAAGCGAUAGUUUAGAGGGAUUUGUCUUGUGCCACUCCAUAGCUGGAGGUACAGGCUCAGGAAUGGGUUCUAAUAUUUUGGAAAAAUUAUCCGAUAGAUUUCCAAAGAAACUAGUACAGACCUAUAGUGUUUUUCCUAAUCUUGAUGAAAUUAGUGAUGUUGUAGUUCAACCAUACAACUCUCUAUUGACUCUCAAAAGAUUAACUGAAUCGGCUGAUUCAGUAGUUGUAUUGGAUAAUACUGCUUUAAACACAAUAGCUGCAGAUAGAUUAAAAAUUCAAAAUCCUACUUUUACACAGAUUAACAGCUUGGUUAGUACUAUUAUGUCUGUUUCUACAACCACUUUGAGGUAUCCGUCAUACAUGAAUAAUGAUCUUAUGGGUCUCUUGGCACCCCUAAUCCCAACGCCACGUCUUCAUUUUCUCAUGACUGGCUACACGCCCCUGUCAACUGAUACAGAUGAAGUCAACAUCAGAAAAACUACAGUUUUAGAUGUCAUGAGACGACUGCUACAGCCUAAAAAUAUGAUGGUUUCUACUGCGCCAGAUCGUGGCUCGCAGCAUUGUUACAUAUCUAUAUUGAAUAUUAUACAAGGUGAAGUGGAUCCAACUCAAGUCCAUAAAUCGUUGCAAAGGAUCAGGGAAAGAAAAAUGGCGCAGUUUAUUCCUUGGGGGCCUGCUAGUAUACAAGUGGCGCUUUCGAGGAAAUCGCCUUAUGUUUCUACUGCACAUAGAGUUUCAGGGCUUAUGUUGGCCAAUCAUACAAAUAUUAGUUCUUUGUUUGAUCGGGCUUUGAAUCAAUACGACAAACUUCGUAAACGUGAAGCCUUCUUGGACCAAUUCAGGAAGGAGGACAUGUUCAAAGAUAACUUGGAUGAGUUGGAUUCUAGUCGCGAAGUGCUCCAAGAUCUCGUGGACGAGUAUAUUUCGGCCACAAAAGAGGAUUACUGCAAUUAGUUUAUUACAAAUUUAAAUUAUUUUAACAAACGCCCACUAAUUUAAGAUGCCACUCUUAAGACUGUUGGUAAUAAUUUGGCUCAAAUGAUAUACAAUUUAAGGCUUGUUUAACGAGUUAACUUUUCAGUGUUGAAUUCAAUGCUUCUCGAAUAUCAAAAAAAAUAGUUAGCAUGUGCCAUUUUUCAUAUUCUUUUUCUUUGAAUCUCAAAUGUGUUCUUGUUACUUCUACUCAUAGUUUUGAUAAUUCAUUGUUAAAUUGUUGCCAUGAAUCUAUUAUUAAAGAAGUUUUUUUUUUUUUUUAACUGCUUGUAGUUUUGAAGAUUAAUACUUCUGAUACCCUAAAUUAUUUACUGUGCAGGAC